AUGGAUGCACAGUUCCAGAGGCUUUUCGACGUCUUGUGCACUGGAUCAACAAUGACCCGUCACGACUUCGAGCACUUCAGCCGUGGUAUCCAGGGGCAUCUGCACAUUCUGACCGACAAGAAGACCAAGAUUGCGCUGCUGUCGCCGACGCAGGAAGAUCUACAGUGGAUUGCAGCAAACUUCGAGAAAGCCUUCCCGGAGGAGCGGCCACUGAACCGGCAAAACUUUCCGGACGUCGCGAAGCUCGUGCUCCUACGCCGUGUGGUCCGGACGCUCAUCGAGUUUGUUGGUAUUGACCACAUCCAGGGGGGUAUGGCUGCUCCUUUGGUUGUCGACAUCGCUGUGAACCUGGGAUCUGCAAAGGGUCCCCCCUUUCGAAUCCACACCGUGGCGCCGAGCUCUCGGCCUACCCUGGAGAGCGGCGAAAGACUCAACGCCAUUUCCGAGUAG